ACAAAUUGUAGCUAUGAAUAGCCAACAUAAAGGUUGGAUCCAAUGUCUGCCUACUGGUGAAAUUACAGGUUACGGCUACGAUUUGACGGUAUAGGAGUAUAAAAAAUCAAUUAUCUACUGAGUUCUUGGUGAUAAAUAUACGUUGUUCAAUACGAGAUUCUUCAACUUGAUGCUGUUGCUUUAGAUGGAACUGAAACCAGCUAUUUUUCCUUACGAAAAGAAAAACCAUGUUUUGUUAACAUGGGCACAGUCAAUGAAUGGACAAAUCGGAUAUAAAACUCCCACUUUAAACACAGUUAAGGAGGAAGAUGGCUAUAUUCGAGGACAAUUGAAAAUAUCAUGCAAAGAAUCCUUUCAUAUGACCCAUGGACUUCGAGCAUCCUUUGAUGCAAUUAUGGUGGGCAGUGGUACAGUUCGAAAUGACAAUCCUAGCUUGACUUGUCGAUAUCCUCAUCCUGAAGAUCCCAGAUGCUUGGCUCCUCUCCACAUGCAGCCUAUUCCAAUAAUUAUUGACUCACAGCUAUCGUUAGAUUAUGCCUCCCUAAAGGUAAUGGAUUUAGCUCGCCGGCGCCUAACAAAAGCCCCAUGGAUUGUCGUUGCUCCCAGCGUGCUACAGAAGAAAACGACCGAUGCUCGACUACAGGAGCGAUGGAACUGCAUUGAAGAUCAUGGCGGUCGAGUAUUUGUACGAGAUCAAGAAUGUCCAGAGAAUUGGAAAGAUUAUGUGAGCUUGGAGAAGCUUCAGAGCUCUGGCGCUUCAAGAAUAAUGGUAGAGGGAGGGGCAAACCUUUUGAAAAGGGCCUUUGAUUCCAACGCAUUUGACUCCCUCAUCGUCACAAUUGCACCAAAAGUGUUCUCUAGUGAAGAAACAACAGGAAUCUCUUAUUUGCACAACCUCAAUAUGAACGGUGCUUUAUGGAUUCCAUGCGGAACUGAUAUUCUAUUAACUACAUACAAGCAAUUCCCAAUAGAGCUAUUACAAGCUGAAUAAGAUGAUUAUGGAAAAGAAAAAUUUAAUGUGAUUUUUUUCUUUUUUGAUCAUGAACUUUUGAUGCUAUGAAAGACUCCAUGUCAUGAGGCUACCGGUAACGCAAUUGGUUUUUUUUUUAGGUAUGUUUCUGUGAAUUGACAAGGAUGGGAUACUUACGGCUCCAAAAUUGACGAUACAGAAUGUAUGAGCGCUAAAUGGUAUUCGAAAACAUUAGACUGUGUUUUGCAACGUUAGUUAGAGCUUUAUAUAUGGUGGUUCUGCUGAAUUAGAUGUAUAGAAUAAAGUAUGUAUUGUCGAAAUAAAUUUGCAAAAAUGUAUCCCUUUUUACAUUCUGAAGAAUGACUCAACAUGAUGUUCU